UUAAUUAAUAAUAUAUUUCUUCUUAUUAAAAUCUAUGCUAAUUAUAGAGAUAUAAGUAUUUGUUUAGUUUAGAGUUACUAAUUACUACAAAAUAAAUAAAAAAUGAAAAAUAUAAAUCAAAUAAAACUUUUUUGCUUUUGUUGGCUUUUUACAUUAAAAGUUGUACUUGCUUAGUCUAACCCUAUCUGUCUAGGAAAGAGAUAUAUUUGUUCACAAAUUAUUAGCAUAGAAUCUACACUUUGUGCUUAAAUAAUUGAUGAUAAAAAUAAAUAAAUUGAAUUAUGGCCAUGUCCUAAUGGUUAUAGUUGCAAUUUGUCUUCAUUUGUAAAUAAGUUUGCAUAUUGUUAAAAAGAUCCAGAUCCAGUAAAAACAUUACCUGGAGAAAGUUGUUCAUAAAAUACAGACUGCUAAUCAAAAAAUUGUUAGAGUGGCUACUGUGUUGGUAGUUCAGUUGGCUAAGCAUGUACUUAACAUAGAGAUUGUGAUGUAGGAAACUACUGUUUAAUAUCUACUCAAGGCUCUAAUACAGGAGUAUGCAAAGAACAAGUACCGUUUGGUGAAGCUUGUAUCAGUGAUUAUGAUUGUUAAAAUAAUUGUGUUUGCAGUAAAGGAAGUUGUACUUAUUACUACUCUCUCGACAAUGGGAUUGCUGCAGAUAAUUUCAGGGCAUGCGCGUCUGGAUAUGUAAGCUAAGGAAAUUGUGCAUAAGGCUUAUCUUCUAAAAGCUCAAAUAGACCUCUUCCAUGUGCCACUGAUUCAGACUGUUAAUUAGUAGAUUCUACUGGUUAAGAUGCAGGUAAUACAUAGUGUUAAUGUGGUUUUAACCCAGGAAGCUUUUCUUAUUGUAAAUUAAGUGAAGGAGAUUAAGAAUAUAAGAACGUGCUAUAAACUUUCUUAUUUGUACUAAAUACUAAUUUUCAUUGUCAUACAAGUUUAAGAUACGGGCCUUGCAAAUACAUAUAUAAUGACGAGUAUAUUGCUUACAAUAAAGCUGUUUAGCUUUUCUAAAUGGCUCCAUAAGUAACUUACAAUGAUUUUUGCAUAUAGAAAGCUUUCACUUGGAAUUAUUGGUAAUGGGCUUCAUCUUUAAAUAUUUAGUUUUAAAUACUAACUUUAAUAAUAAUUUAUGUAUUAUAUUGA